UUCCUAAUGUUCGCACUAGGCAGUGCAACAUUAUAACGCAUCUUCCAGGUGUGAAAAGCAUUGCGAAAACUGCAGAAACACCAAUACAAUGCCUUGCUUUGUUUCUGACUAAUUCAUUGAUCUCAAAAAUUGUCAGAUAUACAAAUUUAUAUAUUGAAAAAAUAAGUGAUGCAUAUGGACGUGACAGAGAUUGUAAAUCAACAGAUACUGUCGAGCUAAGURCAUUUAUAGGUAUCUUAUACAUGGCUAGGUUAAAGAGAAUGAACCAUACAAAUUUAAAAGAGAUGUGGCUUCAAGACGGCACUGCUCCAGAUAUUUUCAAAGCCACAAUGUCCUUGAAACGAUUUCUGUUUUUAAUUCGUGUAACUAGAUUUGAUGACGUUGACUCACGUUCACUUAGAAGUGAAGUUGAUAACUUAGCCGCUUUUCGUGAAAUAUUUGACGACUUCAACAAAUCCUGUGGUAACUGUUAUACUCCUGGAGAAUACUGCACUAUUGACGAAAUGCUUGAAUCGUUUAGAGGACGAUGCAAGUUCAGAGUAUAUAUUCCCAAUAAACCUGCCAAGUACGGCAUAAAAAKUAAUGCAUUAGUCGACGCAAGAACCUUUUACACUUGUAAAAUGGAGGCAUAUUGUGGUAAACAGCCAUCCGGCCCUUAUCAGCUCGAUAAUACAGCUGCCAAUAUCGUAAAGAGAAUCGCUGCACCAAUUUUAAAUACCGGAAGAAAUUUAACUAUGGACAAUUAUUUCGUUUCUAUUCCCUUAGCUGAUGAGCUGUACAAACAAUAUAGAACCACUAUUG